GGCGGGAUUCUGCCAGCCGCGGCUGCCGCUGGAGCCGGUGUCCGGGCUGGUGAUGGGGUUAAUUCCCUUUCGUAAGACUUUAACUUGCACCCACCCAGCCCCGCAGUCACCCCGCCGCGCCGCGCUCCAACCGCCUCCUCCUCUUCCUCAGUAACGCGGACAUACAUGCCACUGCCUUCAAGAAGCUCAUGACUUACGGGGAUCCAUGCCACUGAAAGGUAUGGUAUAUUUUAUCCACGACAGUACGUUUCAGUCCAGGAAUCUACAGUGGUGACAAGGACAUGGGACUCCUCCUGCCAGAUUCCAGAUGGUUCAGUACAAUUGACAUCCUGGCUGACAACUGUGAAAAAGAACCUUGGAUUAUUUUAUUUUAUUUUUGUGGGAUACCACAAUCCAAAAUCCAUAGGACACAUCAGGCUUCAAGUUCCCUAUAGAAUUCUAAAAUAACCUUUGCUGAUGAGGAUGUCUGAUACUGUUAAUGUAAAAAAUGAAACUGAAGCAAUGAAGGAUUUGGAGGCGGAAGUGAAAGAUACAACCAGAGUUGAAAAUCUUACCAAAUCAGAGAACUAUGGGAAGAUUUUGGCAGAGAAGAAUGAACAUUGUAUUGACAACAAUAUUGAUUUUCAGCGGCCAUUGCAGUCAUUUGGACAGACAGGAAAAAGGUCUAAGUCAAGCUCAAAGUUAAAGCUAGUUCGGAGCCUUGCAGUGUGUGAAGAAUCUCCACCACCCCCUACAGCAGAGCUAUCACAGGAGAACCAGGAGAAAAUUCAGACCCAGUUAACACAAUCAUUUGAAAAAGAGGAGAAGCCCUCAAAAGAUGAAGCAGAAAAAGAAAAAGCCAGUGAUAAGUUGCCCAGAAAAAUGUUAUCAAGAGAUUCCAGUCAAGAAUACACUGAUUCAACUGGCAUAGAUCUACAUGAAUUUUUAGUAACUACAUUAAAAAACAAUCCCAGGGACAGAAUGAUGCUGUUGAAAUUGGAACAAGAAAUUUUAGAUUUCAUUGGUAAUAAUGAGUCUCCACGUAAGAAAUUUCCCCCAAUGACAUCUUACCAUAGGAUGCUAUUACACAGAGUAGCCGCUUACUUUGGGUUAGACCACAAUGUUGAUCAGAGUGGGAAGUCUGUCAUAGUAAACAAAACUAGCAAUACAAGAAUACCUGAUCAGAAAUUUAAUGAACAUAUUAAGGAUGAUAAAGGUGAAGACUUUCAGAAACGGUAUAUCCUCAAGAGAGAUAACUCGAGCUUUGACAAAGAUGAUAACCAGAUAAGAAUACGUUUGAAAGAUGACAGAAGAAGCAAAUCUAUAGAAGAAAGAGAAGAGGAGUACCAGAGAGCUAGAGACCGUAUAUUUUCCCAAGAUUCCCUGUGUUCCCAAGAGAAUUAUAUUAUUGACAAAAGAAUCCAAGAUGAGGAUGCUAGUAGUACUCAGCAGAGGCGCCAGCUAUUUAGAGUUAAUAAAGAUGCUUCAGGGAGAUCAACAAAUAGCCAUCAGAGCAGCACUGAGAAUGAGUUGAAAUACUCUGAACCACGACCCUGGAGCAGCACAGAUUCAGACAGCUCGCUCCGCAACUUCAAGCCUGCUGUAACCAAAGCCAGCAGCUUCAGUGGAAUUUCAGUCCUGACAAGAGGUGAUAGUUCUGGAAGCAGCAGAAGUGUAGGCAGGCUUUCAAAAACAGGUUCUGAGUCUUCUGGUAGUGUAGGGUCAUCUACGGGCUCUCUUUCUCACAUCCAGCAGCCUCUUCCAGGUACAGCUCUCAGCCAGUCCUCUCAUGGCGCACCUGUCGUCUAUCCAACUGUCAGCACUCAUAGUUCUCUUUCCUUUGAUGGUGGCCUAAAUGGGCAAGUCGCAUCUUCUAGCACUAGCUUCUUUUUGCUUCCCUUGGAAGCCGCAGGCAUACCACCUGGCAGUAUUCUGAUCAACCCACAAACAGGUCAGCCCUUCAUAAACCCAGAUGGGAGUCCAGUUGUGUAUAAUCCUCCAAUGACUCAACAACCAGUUAGAACCCAAGUGCCUGGACCUCCACAGCCACCCCUGCCACCCCCACCACCUCAACAACAAGCAGCUAAUCACAUUUUCUCACAGCAAGAAAUGAAAAAGAGGAAUAAAAUGAAACUAAGACUGUUCAUUAUCCCAGACAACCUUGGGUCUCAGUUUAGCCACAUGAGUCUUGCCCGCCAGCCAUCUGCAGAUGGUUCGGACCCUCAUGCUACCAUGUUCCAGUCCACUGUUGUUCUUCAGUCCCCACAGCAGUCUGGUUAUAUCAUGACUGCAGCUCCACCACCACCACUACCACCACCGCCGCCGCCGCCUCCUCCUCCUCCACCGCCUCCUCCACCGCCCUUACCACCUGGUCAGCCAGUCGCUACCGCUGGCUAUUCUGCUUCUGGUCAUCCUGUCAGUCAGCCUGUGCUCCAGCAGCAGGGAUUUAUCCAGCAGCCCUCACCACAGGUGCCAGCCUGUUACUGUGCUCCAGGCCACUAUCACUCCAGUCAACCUCAGUAUCGCCCAGUCCCUUCUGUCCAUUACAAUUCACAUCUAAACCAACCACUGCUACAGCCUGCACAGCACACAGGUUAUCAAGUUAUACCCAACCAGCAGCAAAACUACCAAGGAAUAGUUGGACUUUCGCAACCCCAGAGUCAGACCCUCAUUGGUGGCCAACCUAACGGCAUUGGAAAUCAGAUUCAAGGAGUUGUCAUCCCCUAUCCUUCAGUGCCAACAUAUCAGGUUUCACUGCCUCAAGGUUCUCAAGGAAUUGCCCAUCAGACUUAUCAGCAGCCCGUUAUUUUCCCUAGUCAAUCUAACCAAGGAUCUAUGCCCACAGCAGGAAUUCCAGUUUAUUAUAGUGUCAUUCCACCUGGCCAACAAAAUAAUUUAAGUUCCUCAGUAGGUUACUUACAACAUACAGGAUCAGAACAAGUACAGUUUCCUCGAACUGCUUCACCGUGCAAUUCCCAGCAGCUUCAAAGCCACCAGUGUUCAGCUGUGCCACCUCCACCACCUGGUGGAAGUAUGGUGAUGAUGCAGCUUAAUGUACCAAACAAUCCACAAUCUCGUGCCCACUCACCCCCGCAGUGGAAACCAAACAAAUAUUACUGUGAUCACCCGAGAGGACAGAAGUGUGUGGAAUUUAGCAAUGUAGAGAAUAUAGUUCAGCACAGCCCUCAACUCAGUAGUCCCAUUAUUUCACCAGCUCAGUCGCCAGCACCAGCUCAGCUGUCCACCCUGAAAACUGUUCGUCCUUCUGGACCACCACUUUCCAUCAUACCCCAGUUUUCUAGACCUUUUAUCCCUGGGCAAGGAGAUGCCAGGUAUCCAUUACUUGGCCAACCACUGCAGUACAAUCCUCCUGCUGUUCUGCAUGGACACAUUUCCACCCAACAGGGUCAGUCUGGCAACAGGCAUGGAAACCGAGGAAGGAAACAAGCUAAAAAAGCUGCAUCCACUGACUUUGGUGCAGGAGAAGCAGUUGUUGGGAAAGUCUUGGAAAUUACUGAACUACCAGAUGGAAUAACUCGCAUGGAAGCUGAGAAGCUUUUUGGGGAACUCUUUAAAAUUGGCGCCAAGAUACGGUGGCUGCGGGACCCCCAGUCCCAGCCACGUCGUCACCCCCUCUGCUGUGGCAGUGGGGACAGCACUGUCAAUUCUGAACGCUCUAAACCCAGUGACUUGGCCUCCACAUACACGGUCUUAGCCACAUUCCCUUCCAUUUCAGCUGCACAGAAUGCAUUGAAGAAACAAAUUAACUCAGUUAACAAAUUUAAACUGAGAACAAGCAAGAAGCACUAUGACUUUCAUGUUUUGGAAAGGGCAAGUUCUCAGUAACAGAACCACCUUGGACCCUUGGCCUUUAUGGUUCCCCUGUCCUCUCCCAUCUUUAAUUGGCUUGGUACUUGGAGCUUCUGUUAAUAUGAUAGAGAUUCCUAGGAUGUGUGGUCAUGGCACUGACAGCUUUUAAAGACAGGCCAAUGUUCCAGCAAAGGGGAAAAAAUACACACCCCAUACGACUGUAGGAAUCCACAUCGGAAUGAUACAGAGUUAGCAGCUUUUUCUGAGGAAAUGCUGUUUAAAUGCCUCCUAACUUUUAUAGUUAUUUUGUUUUAUAUUUCUGAAUUCUUGUAUCAGAUCCAAAGCUCUAUUGUACAGCAAAUUCUUAAAAAUUAUUACAAUCAGUUGCAACCUGUAUUUCUUUUUUUGCAGCCAGCACAGUGUGAUCCAACAUAAAAUUUGGGGGAAAAAGAAUACAGGAGUAGAAUAACCAAGUCAGAACCAUGUGCUGUCUUUUCAAGGGGCUGAAGGGUGACCAAGGAGAACCCACAAAUAGAUUACUCUUCCCCUGUGUCUCUGAACACAGAAACAAUUUCCAGAAAAUACAGAAUUCCUUCAUUGGGUUCUUUCCUCAUUUGUUUAGGCAGUAUGACCAUUUAGUGUAAAUUAAAUUAUGUUAUCUUUAAGGCCUCUUAAUCAAACCACUUAAAACUCAAAGGGGAAUAGGAAUCAUUCUAGGCAGGAAAAUACUUCCACGUUUUUUAAAUGUCCUUCCAAUAACUAAAUGCCACUUGUUUGCAUUUCCCUCCUUGUGGCUGUUCGGUCACCUAAGUAAAUGCAUUUGAUGAGUGCUGGAAACUUCUUAGGCAGUUUAAAAUUUGUUUUCAUUGUUUGCAGCAGAUCACUGGACAUCAAAGAUUCAUUGCACUUAUGAACAAGAAACCUUUUUUUCAAUUUCUGUGUAAUUUGAAAGGCUGUACAAUGUGUGCUGAUACAAGCCUUUUUUCAGUUCAAGAGAAUAAAUGUUUACAAAUAUAUA